AUGUCGGACCUCUCAGGGUCGCGCUCGCCGCUCCCUCCCCCUCCUCCCCCUCCGCCACAAAAGUACUCCAAUCGCGCUGCCAAUGCCUUAGCGAGGUUCGCCCAACCGUUCUUCUCGGGCUCGCGGCCCCCCAGCCCACACAGCAGUCGCGCGGAUGGCACCCGACCCAUUAGGUCCAAGUCGCUUCCAGGAGAACCGCAGACCGUCACUCAUAAAACAGGUAUCGCCAUCGCGGCCUUGGACAUCUCGCCUGACCGGACACAUGCGGUAAUCGGAGGCAAGGAGAUCCUCAAAACCAUUCGGGUCUCGCCAGAUCACUCCUCUGAGGAGUUCAAUAUUCGCAAUGCGGUCAUUAGCUAUGCGUCCACCCACCAUGGCGCGGGCGCCUCGAUGCCGCACAAAGACCAAUUGAAUGUGAACGAUGUCAAAUGGUCACAUGGCACUUAUGACCGGAUAAUCGCAACUGCAGUCGCCAAUGGUCGGAUUGUCGUUUACGACCUACAGCGGCCCGGCCUCCAAUUAUGUCGCUUCCAGGGGCAUAAUCGUCAGGUUCACAAGCUUGCCUUCAACCCCCAUCUGCCUUCCUGGCUGCUGUCUGGGAGCCAAGAUGGCACGAUUCGAAUGUGGGAUUUGCGGUCCGCGUCUGCGAAUCGGGGCACUUCCACCUGCGGCAGCAAGCAUUCGUACCAGGGCAAUAGCGAUUCCAUCCGGGACGUCCGGUGGUCCCCCACCGAUGGAGUUGUCUUUGCGACUGCUUCAGACAGCGGCGCCAUCCAGAUGUGGGAUUACCGCAAAGUGAAUGCCCCGCUGAUGAGAAUUGCCGCCCACGAUCGCCCAUGUUUCGCAGUCGACUGGCACCCAGAUGGGAAGCAUAUUGUCAGCGGGGGCACGGACCGCCAGGUCAAAGUCUGGGAUUUCUCGUCCUCUGCAGAGCGACGGCAGAAACCUGCCAUUCAGUUCCGGACCCCCCAGGCGGUCACUAAUGUGCGAUGGCGCCCUCCGUCCUGGGUCGGCGAGUCGCCUGCUUCAGGCGAGUGGCAAUCCUCGCAGGUCGUUACGUCUUACGACAAAGAAGAUCCACGCGUCCAUCUCUGGGAUCUCCGUCGCCCAUAUGUUCCAUUCCGCGAGUUUGAUCGGUAUGACGAUCCCGCAACUGAUCUGCUCUGGCGCUCGAAAGACCUAUUGUGGACAGUGGGCGAGGCUGGGGCCUUUACGCAAACCGACGUUCGGUAUGCGCCCACCGUAGUUACUCGCCGGCCGAUGUGCUCGGUGGCUUGGAGCCCCAACGGCGAUUUCGUUGCAUUUGGACAGCAACGGCCCAGACGGCGUGCUCGCGGGGUCAACGUUGCCGAAUUUCUUCACCUUGAGGAAGGAGAGGAGAGCAACGGGGAAAAUUCUCUGAGCCAAAGCCCCGUAGAUGAUAAUCUAGACGAAGCUGUGCUUGCUACUUCCCUUCGUCACCCGCAAUCCAAAUCCGCUGCCAUGAGACCAUCCAAGUCCCUUGGCAGCACUCCUCCGGGUGCGGUGGAUUUGAUUCCCGUGCUGCCCUUGGACCAAGGUUUGGCCAAAAUUACGACCCCAGGACCCUGUCAGGUCGGCACAAUCGCCAACAUUCCAGGUGCCACCAGUGACCCAGCAGUAUUUCGGUAUUUAGCAAGCCAUUACUCCCCGUUGAUGGAUGAAAGUUGGGAAUCAAAAUCCCAGUCCGAGAUUCUGAACUCUCUGAUCGAGUCGCUGGAUCACAACGCCCAGUGUGCGGAUGAGCUUGCUCUAGAUAAGUUAGCUCAAACCUGGAGAAUCAUCAAAUUCGCGAUCCUCCAAGAAUUUCAACAAAGAGCGAGGGAACAGCCGACCAAGGGUUCCCUGAAAGACCGAACAUCCAAGGAUGGAUCCUUGACUGAUCGGUCUCGGAUUGAUGAUGGCCGACAGGACCGAGUUAAAAGUCGAUUGUUCAAAGGUGUCAUGGAAGCGGUUCCCGAGGCCGAAAGCACGUCAAACAUGACUACACCACUUGCACAACCAUUACCAGAUUCUCCAAAGGAUUCAUGGUCCAGUACUGAUUCCCAAAUUGCUUCUCAACUUCCCUCGUUGAACGACGAUGCGAUCGAUAUUGACCCCCUCCCGCCAUCUGUCCUGAGCGAUCAUAACGGCUGGGGGAUGUCUGAUCCUGAUGCCCGCCGUGUCCCUCAACCCCGCGGGCGAGUUUCACCAGGGGAUGAUACCCAAGGAUUGGACUUUUUACGAGAUCCAACGCGAGAUUAUUUGGAUGGUGAUCAACGAUCCGCACCGCGGGCAAUCGCUGGGAAAGCAGAUUGGCGUCGUCGUGGACAUCCUGAUUUCCCACGGGAGAAUUCUGAAGAUUAUUUUGAUCAAAAUAUCGAGGAUAAACGUGCGGCGAUCCGUGAUUACAAGCACUAUCCCAAGAAGGUCCUGACUCUCGAAUCGCCAAUGGAAUACAAUCGACCCCCAGCUGUCGAACGGUAUGGUCGACAUGACUCUUCGGAGAGCUUUCCGAUGUUUUCCACAUCCACCGACAGCUCGCAUCCUUCGAAGUCUGCCGGUGCAUCUUAUUCGUCCACUGGACAACUUGAUCCAUCAAGGUUUCAAGAAUCUGGGCAGUCUGCCACUCGGCCGACUACCAGGAGAGAAUCGAACCUAGCCUCUACGCGUGAAGAGCCAGAAGAGGAGAUGCUUGAUGAAGUGUCCAUUGAAAUGAGCCGACUCCACCUGGAGCGCCCGUCCAGCCCUCCGCCCUUGAUUAAAGAAUCAACGCCGCUUGAGGUGCAUGGCGAUCACGCAGCAGGUGGUGAUUCUUACGCAGGCACCAUGCCUUCUUAUACAAUUGACGGCAUUUCCCGUGUUCAAAUUCCACUCUCGUCGGCUGGCACAGAUCUAAAGCCGUGGGGCAUUGAGGCUAUCUUGCAGGAAGCAGUCCGAUACUAUCACAGCAGCAGUAGCUCCGUCGACAUACAGACUGCAGCCCAUCUUCUCCAAAAGCUACACAUCCUGUUCCAAGACUGCGAAGAAAUCUUCCCCUACGAGGAGGCCGAGAUGGUUUUCAAAACUUACAAUGAUCACUUGGUUCGACACUCUAUGGAUCUGGAGGCAGCAGAGCUUCGUUUGUCAUGCGUGUCGACAUACCCCGCUGUUUAUGACUACGCCCAAUCAGACUCCUUCAUCAACGUUUAUUGUUACACAUGCCAACGGCCCUUCGAGAAUCCAACGCAAGACAACACGCGGUGUCAUCGCUGUAACACCCCACAAGCAGCAUGUUCUAUCUGUAUGAGCCUUGACCCACCCCCAGAAUGGGCCACGGGCCAGCAGCAAUCACGGACCACAUCGUCCACCCUUAACAGCCCCGACCCAGCAGCCGGUGGCAAUGCAAGCUUCUCGUCGCAGUCAUCAGUCCCCACUGAACCAAUUCCAGCCUCGGAAAUCGAAGACCUCGACCCUUUCACCGCCCCUCGACUCCAAGGUUCCGCCCUUUGGACCUGGUGCCAAGGCUGCGGCCACGGCGGCCAUCUAGCCUGUAUCACAACAUGGCUAGCCGACAUCUCAAUCAGCGAAGGCGGGUGUGCCACAGCUGGAUGCUCGCAUGACUGUGGGCCCGGUCCACGUCGCGAUUCCAACCGCCAAGCCCUGCAAGCUGAAUCCAAGCGUCGUGACUCUGCAAGUCGCUCUGCCGGUGCCGGCCUUGUCAAACGUGACCCGUGGACAAAGGGUGAAAGCAAAGCCGUUGAGAAGGUCCGCGGCAUGCUUGGUGUAGCUGGCGUGGCCGCAGCUUCCGGUGGUAGCGGUGCCGGUCCUGUCACUUCUACGAAUAACAACACCUCCUCCCCGGCACCUGUUUCACCUGGCGCUAUGUCGCCCAAGCGGGUCCGUCUCGUGACACCGACCGAGCAGGAAGAGCAGAAUGAUGCCUUCGCAAGGACGGCUGCUCUCUGA